AAUGAGCUAGGUUCAAGGUCAAGGUCAAGAGAACGAUGGGAAUUUGGUUUGUAAAGUCCAUCCGAAGGUGAUGGUUUGAUCGUAUUUGUGGUCAUCAGAUAACUUCAAAUUUCCCUUACUUCCUAGUUAGUUGUUACUUAAAAAUUGUGCAAUAUGCUUACGUGCACCUAGUCUCUGGCUCACUGAUCCUCUUCUUUUGUAGGUCCUCACUCACACGUUUCUUCCCACCCCUUAAAUAACACACCAACCUUGACGCCGACUUUCCAACGGCUUCAGGCUACGGGAAUAUGGAUGGCUAUGACCAUAGUUGCGAGCGAAAAUUACUGAGUAGUCAUUCGACGUUUGGAUUACCACCUGUGAAGUCAGACAGCUCUCUGGUCGAUGAUAACACUGGUGUGGAAACAAUUACUAAGGCAUUUUCACCUCCAGAAAAUAGACUCGCUCCACUUCUUGGCAAAAAGUUGUUCAUGCAUUGUGAAUCAGGCACAGCUCGUGACAAACACAUUGAACAAGUGUUAAAGAAGCUUAAAGGAGAGGUAGUUGAAUUCUUUAGUCGGGAUGUUGAUUACGUCAUAACUAAUCGGAUAUCAUCUCGAUUGGCAUCACCUACUAUUGAUGAAUCACCGGUUAGAUCGUCGAAACAAUCCACUUCGCUUCACAAUCAGCUCUCAUCUACUUCGCAAACACCAAACAAUCUCAAAGUUCCUGUGCUAAUAGGAAGCAAACCUGUUAAUAGCCCGGUAACACGUGGUAGAGCUAUGUUACUUGCCGCACGCAAAAUCGCUACUGAAGAUUCUAAUUCUACUUCAUCAGGUAUUACAGCCUCAUCGAUAUUAAACCAAGCUCAAACAUCCAAUGAUGUAUCUGUUGCACCUAUACAAUCUCAGUCAUCAUCUAUGUCUUGUGUAUUGGGAUCUAGCCAAAAGUUAAAUUCAAAUAAUGACCUGUUAUACAAAGCUCGUCAGCUAGGUAUUAAAAUUCUCUCUAUUGACACUGUAACGAAAUGGAUAAAAAAUCUUCCAUCAGACGUUCAGUCAUAUAUUCAGUCUAUACAACGAACAGAUCAUGAUGAUCAUCUCGACAAGUUAACUAAUGAUCCAGAGCGUGAUAGGAUUCAUGAAGUUCGACAUCUAGUGACACCAUGUAUCAAAGUGAUUGAUACAAAAAGUCAUUACCGACCUAUUUAUUUAGAUAAAACAGACUACUUGCCUGACUUGUGGAAUCUAACCAAUCGUUAUAAAUCUAAAUCUAAAUCCCUUCUUGAAGUGGGCGUACAUGAUACCCCAUCAUCUCCGAUCCCAAUAACUACAACCAAUACUACUGUUAUCAUUACUACUGCUACUACUGCUACUAUUACAACAACAGUUACUACUGCUAAUGGGCCGUGUAGUGGUAGUGUCCCGGGAGCAAGUGUUGGUUUUACUCUACAAAAUCCAAGUCAUUGUAUUCCUGGAACAGGCACUCAGUCAGUCUUAACACGCAGAGAUAGUCGAAAUAAACGUAAACAUCGUCUUCAAAAACAUAAUACUGCUACUCCAUUACAACGUACAGCUUCUUUAGUUGCUAAAGGAACGGAAAGUAAUCCCAAAGCUUCUUCGACUACUGCUGCUGUCAAUGAUGAACCAUCGGGUUAUUGUGAAUGUUGUUCUACGAAUUUUAAAAGUCUGUUUGAGCAUUUACAUUGUACAGAUCAUCAGCAAUUUGCUAACAAUUCUGAAAAUUAUCGUCUUCUUGAUGAUGUUUUAAAUAAGCUUCCUACAUUUAAAGAGUUUCUAGCAAAAACUACAUCGACUACUUUGCAAUUACCAUCUUAUUUAAAUCCUAUUGCAAUUAGUCCUUGCGCUUCUCAGCAUGAAAAAGAUUAUCUCUUAAAUAAUUCCAAAUGUGAAAUAUUAGAAAAAGAAAAUAUACCUCCCAUUCAAACAAAAAUUAAUGGAAAUAUUGAACCUGUCUCUGUUUCACAGAAGUCACAAUCUACACUAAAUGACUAUGAAAAUAUUUCUAAAGAAAUCAAUGUUCCUCCAACAUUAAACUUUUCUGAACCACUUGGACCUAAUCAAUUUACUGAUGGAAAUUCAGAUAUAUUCAAUAAUACUGAUUUAGAUGUUUGUGAAAUAUCAAAUACCGCUGUUGUUGUACAUAAUAAUCUUGAACAAAUAUCUAAAUUAGAUCAAGAAGAGGCUGCAUUUCUUUUUUUACUUUAAUAAAAGAAUUUAACAUUGAGAAAACAGACAUUCCUAUUUUUCUAUUAACUUUUUUUUCGCAAUUUUUAACUAUAAGUGCUUUCAUUAUAAUGUCAAGAGAGACUAUUCGUAGAAAUGUAAUUUACCCUUACUAUAUAUAUAAAUGUUCAGUUUGCAAAAGGUUUCCUAGUAAAAUAUUUGUACGAUGAUGUAUAUAUACAACAUAUAUGUUUAGCAUUUGUAUUUCAAUUUGAUAAUUUCUAAUUUCUCUUGAAUGUGUCAAAUAAAGUGUAUGCGGAAAUUCGUUGAUAA